AUGUUCGAGAAGCAGCGCGCGCUGGAACGAGGAGACGAAGAAUACGGAACAACGAUUUAUUCAGCCGCAACGCUCGGCAGGGAAGACAGAAUCAUGGAAGAUGUGGCCGAAGAAACUGGGGCCAAGUCCAUUAAUGAUCUUAUAAAGAAUUUCGAGCAAAUGUCGACCCCAGUCAGCCGUGGAAGAAAUUUCGGCUCCGCGCGUGUUCACAGAAGCGCCUCACCUGUCAAAUGGAAGACGCGAAGAAGUGCGCCAACUAAAACGAGCUAUUCGCCGGACGAGGACAACAACUCGAUUCCGACCAUUCCCGCCGAGUUGCCCGGGCGUCGUAAACCGCCGCGUCCGAGCAUCGAAGUGAACGAGCUGGACACAACCUUUUCCCGCGACGUUCCAGACUCGAUCGGAGGCCACUCGCGCUCGCAGUCGUCAUUGUCGGAUGUUACUGCCGUGGAGAAUGUUCCGGUCGCCACUUCGCAAAUCAGAAGGACAGACAUGAGUCGACUGCCAGAUCCGAAUCUACCUCACCAUUUCAUUUCUGGCCUUCCUACCGAAACAGACUUUCCUCCCACGCGCAAAAAGCUGACUUGGAGCGAAGCUCACAUUCUCGUUGGAGAAACCCACACGCCGGAAGACUACGAGCGUGGCAAUCCCGAUCUGGACCCAGUAGCCGAGUCCGCAGUCUAUGAGCUCGAAAAGCGUCUGGACAAAAUGGACCAGUUUAAAGUAGAUUUGGAGAAAGACGACAACGGCUACGGCUUGAGCAUCAUCGGAAUGGGCAUUGGCGCUGAUUCCGGCGUCGAGCGGCUCGGAAUUUACGUCAAAAAAGUAUUCCCCGGCCAGGCGGCUGAACGCGUCGGAAUUCAAAUGGCCGAUCAAAUUGUGGAAGUCGAUGGGGUUUCCUUGGUCGGCGUUUCGCACAGCUUCGCUUCUGACGCGCUAAGAGGCACCAAUCAACAUGUGAGAUUUCUGAUGGCGCGAGAUCGCGAUCAGGAGUCGUCAGAAGUGCGCAAUUUAAUUUUGAGAACGCUGGAGCAAGAACAAGAGGCCCAGCUCGAGCAACAAAGUACAGACUCCGAGUCGGAUCAAGAAGAUCUCAACGGAACUUACGACGUGAACAGAGAAGAUGACCCUAAUCUCAUGAGGGAUGUACAAAGCAGACUUUUGGAAGAAAUAUCAAGCCUUCGCUCAGAAAAUGACCAUUUGCACGAAGAAAAGAACCAGAUUCGCUCGGAACUAGACGCUGCCUUGAAAAGAAUAAAAGAUCUCGAAGAUCAACUCGCACACGCUCGCUCCCUUGGCCAACCAAGAGUUUUAGGUUACAAAAGAGGUCGAUCCUUUGGCUUGGAAUCGGGAGCUGUUUCUGGCGUAGCGGGUUCUACUCUGCAUUCUGGGUCGAAAGGGAAGCUGGCUUCAGACAAGGCUAGUGUAAGAAAUGCGGCGCAUUUGACUGCUGCCGCCGCAGAAGAAGAAGAGGACGAAGAAGGAUCUGAUUCUGACGGCGGAGGAGGAGCCGAAGCGACGCAAGAAGGAGACCUUUUUGUGGAGAUGAAUGCUGCUAAUGAGUUUGAGGAUGACGAUGAUGACGGCGGCGACGAUGAUGAGGACGAAGAAGCAAUUGAUGCGAUGGUUGCUGAAAUUGAAAAUGACGUGGCAAUGCUUGGAAAUAAUGAAUUCGGGUUCAACUUUUAUUACUGA